AAGAGAAGGAAGUGGGUGUUCCUGCAGGAAGCUUUGCAGAAGCCCGGAGUUGCAGUUUUCCUUCAGCAAACCUCCUUUUUGGUACUUCGUGGCAGAGUGUUUUCAAACCCAUGCCUGGGACCAGUCAGGACACUGAGUGACCCAGGUGUCUGGGUGGAGGCCUGAGCUGGGAGAACGAAGGCGCUCCUGGAAGGAACCUGCAGAGGUUAGCAGCAUGGACGGGAAAGCCCAGGACAGCAGCAGAGGCCUUCCCCGCAGAGCGGUGCCCCCAGCCGUGGGGCUGCUGCUCUCCAUGGCUCUCAUGAAUGCUCUUCUCUACCUCUGCCUUGACUGGUUUUUCAUCGCCCCUCCCCACUCCACUCCGGGCUCCACCCACUGUCCCCACGGACAUUUCAGAAUGGGACAGAUGAAAAACUGUUCACCGUGGCUGUCCUGCGAGGAGCUGAGGACAGAAGUGAGGCAGCUGAAGCGUGUCGGGGAAGGAGCCGUGAAGAGAGUCUUUCUGUCUGAGUGGAAGGAGCGUAAAGUGGCGCUCUCCCAGCUCUCCCGGCUGGAGAUGAAAGAGGAUUUCCUGCAUGGGCUGGAGAUGCUGAAAGGUCUGCAGAGUAAACACGUGGUCACCCUGCUCGGCUUCUGUGAGGACGACAACACUAUCCUUACCGAAUAUCACCCCUUGGGCUCCUUGAGCAAUCUGGAAGCAACACUGAACCUUUCCAAGUACCAGAACCUGAACACGUGGCAGCGCAGGCUGCAGCUGGCCGUGGACUACGUCAGCAUCAUCAACUAUUUGCACGACAGCCCCCUGGGCACACGCGUCAUGUGCGACUCCAACGACCUGCCCAAGACGCUGUCACAGUAUCUGCUGACCAGUAACUUCAGCCUCGUGGUGAACGACCUGGACGCCUUGCCCCUGGUGAACCACAGCUCCGGGACGUUGGUGAAGUGUGGCCACCGGGAGCUGCAUGGGGACUUCGUGGCUCCAGAGCAACUGUGGCCCUAUGGGGAAGACACACCUUUUGACGAUGACCUCAUGCCCUCCUAUGAUGAGAAGAUCGACAUCUGGAAGAUUCCAGACGUCUCUAGCUUCCUUUUGGGGCAUGUUGAAGGGAGUGAUAUGGUCCGGUUUCAUUUGUUUGAUAUUCAUAAAGCCUGUAAGAGCCAGACGCCGGCGGAACGACCAACAGCUCAGGAUAUUCUCGACACUUACAAGAAGGUUUUGAAUUUACUCAGAGAUACCAUGGUGUCCCAGACAAGAGAAAUGCUCUAGAAACCCGUCCUAUCAGUGAAGGAUGGG